AUGUGGAUGCCAGGUGAGUUCUUCCCGAGAUUUACUGAGCAGCGAUUGGACUUCAUGGAAGAGCGCCAUUCAGUGGCCAUGCAGGAGAUGCAAAGUACGAUUGCUCAGUUAGCUGCCAGGCAGAACCUGAGUCCCGCAGAAGACGUAUCCCAGCCUGUACCGCCGGACUCUACUCCGGCUAGUCAAGGCCAGUGGCAUGACUCGGCAGAUAUAGUGUCCCGAGGCAUCGUGAGCGAGAAUGAGUGGGAAGAGCUUUAUGACUUCUUUUACCUGAAUUGCCGCCACGUUACUGGGUUUGUAGACGAGCAGAGCUACCCCUCUGUGGACCGCUCCCGUCAGCAUGCCCUUUUGUCGACAGUGAUAUGCAUCACCGCAGCCAGAGCCAUCAGGCCGGAGAAAUACCAGACCUUUGUUGCCGAAGCAGAUGAGCUGCUGAAGAACACAUUCUCAGGCCGACCACCUGAUAUCCAUGCUAUUCGAGCAAUGAUACUCCUGACUGCUUGGACGGGUCGUGCCCGUCUUUGGGGCUAUGUGGUCUCGGUUUCUGCAGAAGUGGGCCUCAACACCGCCGCAUUGCAGCUGGGCGAUGACUCCGUCGAGCAUACGGCUGACCUUGUAGAGCGUGCGAGGCUCUGGUUUACGUUGUGCUGCUUUGAUUUGGUUUCCAACUUGAACCGACCGUUUGUGAUCAACCGGAUGAGAGACUACGCCCCCAUCUCCAAGAAGCUUCUCACCUCCCCAUUCUCUCGCCCGGUGGACUAUCGUAUCUGUGCUUACAUCGAGGCUUUUACAAUUGCCGCAAAUGCCAAAGCCCAGGUCCCGAAAUCUCAGCUGCAUCUGAAUCCACUGCAACAAGAAGACGUCGAUCUGUUAAAAUCAUUCGACCAGCAACUCGAUCACUGGUUCUAUAGCAUUAGCAAUACCAUCGAGCCACUCUAUCAGACAUUCGCCAAUAAACAAGACAGGAACCGGUUCCUGGCACCAUACACGUUCCUGAAAAUUUAUAUCAACGGAUUUGCCAUGCACGGAAUGCUGCCUCUUGGCGAUGUUCCUGACCCCAACCGGCUUUCCUUCAUCCAGGAGGCCCUUGAUAAUGCCGUCCUCCUACUCCAGACCCAGUUCGAGUCCCCUGUUUUCCGACAUCAGCUUCGAUAUACAAUAGACUACAAUGGCAUUACGACAUAUCACGCGAUCAACUUCAUCCUCAAGGCUAUGACCGUUGCCCAUAUAUUCCUGAACUAUGGGAAAGUAUUCCUGGCUCUCGGCCAAGCAGCACAUAUGUUUGAGGAAGCAGGUGCCGUAGAUGCCGCAAAAGAAGUGAGGCAGGAGCAGGAAAGACUGGCGUUACUGACACAGACCAUUCUAUCUCCACUCGAGUAUGGUGGCGAUGCUCCACCAGAUCCUGCCCUCGAAGGAUCCACAGCCCUCUUCGAUAUACCCAGUUUUCUGGAUGUCGCUACUUGGGACGAAUUCUUCCCUACACUUGAUUUGUACAUGCUUGAAUGA